AUGAAAGGUGUGUUCCCGCACUGGCUGAGGGGUGUGUCCCUGCUGCUUCUGCUCCAGACGGCCAUCUCCAUGGUGAUGCUUCCAAAUUCCACCGGCUGGCAGCAGAUUCUGGACAAGUAUCUAGAAGAGGACGGGGACUGGUGGGAGGCCAAGCAAAGAGGAAAGAGGGCAAUCACCGACAGUGACGCUCAGCUCAUCCUGGACCUUCACAAUAAGCUCCGAGGCCAAGUCUACCCUCCUGCUUCAAACAUGGAGUACAUGGUGUGGGACACAGAGUUGGAGCGUACAGCAGAAGAGUGGGCUGACACCUGUCUUUGGGAACACGGUCCCGCCAGCUUACUGCCACAGAUCGGACAAAAUCUGGGAGCUCACUGGGGAAGGUACCAGCCACCCACGUUCCAUGUGCAGGCCUGGUAUGAUGAAGUGAAAGAUUACUCCUUCCCUUACCCUCAGGAGUGUAACCCCUACUGCCCCUUCAGAUGCUCUGGCCCAGUUUGCACUCAUUACACACAGUUGGUGUGGGCCACCAGCAGUCGGAUUGGCUGUGCCAUCAACAUGUGUUACAACAUGAAUGUGUGGGGACAGAUUUGGGCCAAAGCUGUCUAUCUUGUCUGCAAUUAUUCACCAAAGGGAAACUGGUGGGGCCAUUCGCCUUAUAAACAUGGGACCCCAUGCUCUGCGUGUCCUCCCAGUUAUGGAGGAGGCUGCAAGGACAACCUCUGCUACAAAGAUGACAAUUCCAACCUUCCACAUGAGGAAACGGAAGAAAACAACUUCAUCGAGCCAGAGGCCCCACGUACUCCGCAGAGGUCCUGGCCCCGGGUCUCCAGGCCCGAGCCUCCCAGUUUCUCCAACCCAGCCCCCACCAAGCCCCCCACAAAGGACCUGCAAAAGAAUGAAGUGGUCAACACAGAGCAGAUGUCUCAGCUUGUGACCUGUGACACUAAGCUUCGAGAUCAAUGUAAGGGAACAACAUGCAAUAGAUAUGAGUGUCCAGCUGGAUGCUUAGAUGCUACAGGAAAAGUAGUUGGGACAGUUUACUAUGAAAUGCAAUCCAGUGUGUGCAGAGCUGGUCUACAUGCUGGUGUCAUAGAUAAUGAUGGAGGAUGGAUGGAUGUAACAAGGCAAGGAAGAAAGGACUUUUUCAUCAAAUCCAACAAGAAUGGAAUCGGAUCUCUAGGAAAAUAUCAGAGCGCUAAUUCCUUCACAGUUUCCAGAGUAGCAGUCAGAGCCAUCACAUGUGAAGCCACAGUGGCACAGCUGUGUUCAUACCAAAAACCUGCAAAACAUUGCCCAAGAUUAUUCUGCCCAAAUUACUGUUUAGAAGAGAACCCACACAUAUCCAGAGUAAUUGGCACCACAGUAUACUCUGAUAAAUCCAGUAUAUGCCGGGCAGCUGUCCAUGCUGGAGUCAUCAAGAACGAUGUGGGUGGCUACAUCGAUGUGAUGCCAGUGGAAAAGAGGAAACACUACAUUGCCUCAUAUCAGAAUGGCAUUGUCUCUGAAAGUCUUCAAAACCCUCCUGGAGGGAAGGCGUUCCGGGUGUUUGCUGUGAUUUGA